GUUGAAAGGUCAGGAGGAGCGGAAGUGUUCGCACUGCGGGGAGACUGGGUUCGGUCCUCCGACCGCGUUGGUGGCUCCGCUGGAGAGAGUGGGGAAAGUAGGAAUUCGGACAAAAUGUCAGGCAUUGCCCUGAAUCGUCUUUGCCAGGAAAGGAAAGCAUGGCGGAAGGACCAUCCCUUUGGUUUUGUGGCCGUGCCUGUGAAGAAUCCAGAUGGCACGAUGAACCUGCUGAACUGGGAGUGUGCGAUUCCAGGCAAAAAAGGGACAACUUGGGAGGGAGGCCUGUUUAAACUGCGACUGCUUUUCAAGGAUGAUUAUCCCUCGUCACCACCGAAAUGCAAGUUUGAACCACCAAUAUUCCACCCAAAUGUAUAUCCAUCAGGAACCGUUUGUCUUUCAAUUCUAGAAGAAGGAAAGGACUGGAGGCCAGCGAUCACCAUCAAGCAGAUAUUAUUAGGCAUUCAAGAACUUUUAAAUGAUCCAAAUGUUCAUGACCCAGCUCAAGCAGAAGCAUACACGAUCUACUGUCAGGACAACGCAGAAUAUGAUAAGAGGAUUCGAGAGCAGGCCCUGCGGUUUGCACCAACAUAAAGAUGUGUCAGAGUGGAUUGUGCAAUGGAGAGGACAAGGAAUGGCACAGCAAGACCGUUUAUCAUUUUAGGGAAGUGUCCAUAUUUUAAAAGUAGGCUUUCGUUUUAUAAAGCCCAGUGUAUUCUUUCCAGCAGGAACCAUUUGUUUUCCACCUCCUAGCCCUGCAAUCUGUGUUUUAUUUGCUUUUGUCAUUGGCACCUAUUGCAAAAAUGAAUGUUGGUCACUUCAAGCCAGGUGCUUGUUGGCUUUACUUUCUCCAAACUAGUUUUGGUCUCCGCAUCAAUUUGUAUUUUUAAUGGUUCAAUUAUAAAGAAAUACACUUAUUUUAAUAAGGAGUAAACUAAUCUUUCAAGAGCUGUAAAUGCUAAAACUUUUAAAUUUCCAAAAUACACAAGUCUAGAUGGUAAUACCUUUACUGGCCAUUUGCAUAUAAACAAAAUAUUGUGUGUGAUUCUGGUGUCGAUAUGGCAGUCUAUUUGGGAGACUUGCUCCACAAGGAAUUGGGCUGGAAGGACUCUCUUCCAUAAGCUGUAAAACAUUACCAUUGUUUACAGCCUUUUGUCCCCAUGUGUCUUUAGAGGAUAAUAAAGAUUUGUACAAAAAUA